CGUUCACUCUAAUGGCGUUGAAUGCAGCCUUCCUUCAAAAUGGAGGCAUCGUCACGCUUCCAGGCGAGCAAUUCGCGUUUGAUCGCGGCGGAAUCGAGUUCUCCGUCACUGGAAGUCCGGGCGGCUCAAGCCAAGGGGCACCCGCAGGCUCCAAUACGACCGUAGGGUACAAUGGCAAGGGUCACAUCUUCUUGUCAAACUUCCGGAUUGUCUUUUUGAAUCAACCAGUCGUGCACAACUUUGAGUCGUUCGUGCUGCCUCUGCCGCACAUCUAUGACGCGACGCUAAAGCAGCCAAUCUUUGGUGCCAAUUUCUUUGCCGGGUUUGUCAACCCGCUUCCCGAAGGUGGUCUGUCCGGAAAGGUCGAGUUCAAAAUUUACUUCAAGGAGGGCGGAGCGACUGAUUUUGCGACCCGUUUCCUGGCUGUGGCCAGAACCACCACUCGCGAGCGAGCACCAGGUCCGGGUGGCCCGCCAUCGUACUAUGCGGCCGCAUCUCUUCAUGGCGGUGGUAUUGGCCCCGGUCUGCGCGCUGCCGGUGCGCCCGUGGGAGCCGCUGGCAUGGGCAUGGGUUUGGGCCCUGGCAUAGGGUUGGGGAUGCGCAUGGGAAUGAACACUCGUCCGGUGCAAGCCACUUCCCGACCGCCUCCCUCCUCCUCCUCCUCAUCUCAAAGUGGAGUGCACCAGCCAGCGGGUGGGCCAUCUGCACCGCCUCCGACUCCAAACCAGAAGGCUGUCGAGGCCGGCGUUCCGCAGUAUCAAACCGAGCAACAACGAGUGUACGGCGCACACCCUCACCCGUAUCAGUCCCAACCACAACCGUACCAACCCUAUCCACCCUAUCCUGCGUCCUACCCGCAGCAACAGCAUCCACAGCAACCACCUCUGCCAUACCCUGCACAGCAUCUACCCUACCCUACCACCAACCAACAGCCGCAGCAGCAGCCCGUCCCGCCUGCGCCAGCGCAUGCCGCACCCACGCCUUCUGCUGCGUCGCAAAUACGACCCGACGACUUGCCUCCUCCGUACCAAGCUUGAUCUGGGGGGGGGGUUUGGAAGACGCUCGAUCUUGAAUGCAAUAAUAACAGGCGAUUGUUUCGUGUUCAAACACAUGUCGUGUUCCAGACACUACUGUAAAAUCCAGCUGCCAAAUAAAUGCAAAAGUCAAAAGAACCA